AUGGGGACGGCGGGGAUGGAGCCGGCUGGGACGGAGCCAGCCCGGGAGGCGGAGGAGCCCCCGGGGUCGCCGGCCCUGCCCGCCGAGUCCCGGCAGGCCGGGCCGCCCGGCGCUGCGGCCCCGGGGGAAGGGGCGCUGCCCGGCGCGAGCGGGCGGGAGAGGGAGCGGGGCCGGCGCGGGGCCGGCGCGGGGCAGGGCCCGGGCGGGCGGGCGGCGCGGGGCAGGGCCCGGCGGGCCCCGGGCCGGCGCGGCGGGGACGAGGGCGGCCGGCGGCCCGGGGUCACGGUGGACAGUUCCAAGGCCAAGACCUCGCUGGAGGCGCUGAAGAUCAGCCUGCGGCAGCUCCGCUGGAAGGAGUUUCCUUUUGGCCGCCGCUUGCCCUGCGAUAUCUAUUGGCAUGGGGUGUCGUUUCAUGACAAUAAUAUCUUCUCAGGUCAAGUCAACAAGUUUCCAGGCAUGAUGGAGACAGUACGGAAAAUCACCCUGAGUCGGGCCAUGAGAACAAUGCAGGACCUGUUUCCUCUUGAGUAUAACUUCUACCCUCGGUCCUGGAUUCUGCCAGAAGAACUUCCCCUCUUUGUGGCUGAGGUUCGGGUGAUGAAGGACAGCGAUCCGUCCUGGAAGCCCACUUUUAUUGUGAAGCCUGAUGGAGGCUGCCAGGGGGAUGGAAUCUACCUCAUUAAGGACCCGAGUGACAUCAGGCUGACGGGAAGCAUCCAGAGCCGGCCAGCCGUGGUCCAGGAGUAUAUUUGCAAACCACUGCUCGUGGACAAACUGAAAUUUGAUAUUCGUCUUUAUGUCUUGCUGAAAUCCUUAGAACCCUUGGAGAUUUAUAUAGCCAAAGAUGGACUUUCUAGGUUUUGUACGGAGCCCUAUCAAGAACCCACUUUAAAAAAUUUGCACCAGGUUUUUAUGCACUUAACCAACUAUUCACUAAAUAUCCAUAGUGAGAAUUUCAUCCAUUCUGACAGUGUAAACACUGGCAGCAAGAGGACUUUUUCAAGCAUUCUGUGCAGACUGUCUUCCAGAGGAGCUGAUGUCAAAAAGCUCUGGUCAGAUAUAAUUUCACUGGUGAUUAAAACUAUUAUUGCACUGACUCCAGAACUGAAAGUUUACUAUCAGUCUGACAUCCCGUCAGGAAAGCCUGGGCCAACUUGCUUCCAGAUUUUAGGGUUUGACAUUCUCCUGAUGAAAAACUUGAAGCCCAUGUUACUAGAAGUAAAUGCAAACCCCAGCAUGAGAAUAGAACAUGAGCAAGAGCUUUCUCCUGGAGUGUUUGAGAACGUCCCAAGCCCUGUUGAUGAAGAAGUGAAAGUUGCUGUCAUCAGAGACACUCUGCGCCUGGUGGACCCCCAGAAAAAAAAGAGGAAAGAUGCCCAGUGUCCGCGCUUGGAGCACGUGCCGGAAUCGAGCGAGUCGCUGCCGGAUGCGGUGCCGGCCGAGCGGCCGGAGCCGGACGGUCCCCGGAGCCCCGAGGCCGGACUGCCCUCCCUCUGCCUCAAGCAGGUGUUCCCCAAGUACGCCAAGCAGUUCAGUUACCUGCGGCUCGUGGACAGGGUGGCCGCGCUGUUCAUCCGCUUCCUGGGGGUCAAAGGCACGACCAAGCUGGGGCCGACGGGUUUCCGGACCUUUAUAAGGAACUGCAAACUGAGUAACAGCAAUUUUUCAAUGGCUGCUGUAGAUAUCCUAUACAUUGAUAUCACAAGGAGGUGGAACAGCAUGGGAAUUGACCACAAAGAAUCAGGUAACACAGGAAUGUGUCUGCAGGCCUUUGUGGAAGCUUUCUUCUGCCUGGCUCAGAAGAAGUACAAAUCCCUCCCUCUGCACGAGCAGGUGCUGUCACUGAUCGAGUUCUGUGAGUGUCACUUGGCUGCCCUGGACGAGAAGCGCCUGCUGUGGGGCUGGGGGGUCCCGGAGCGCCGGGGGCACUGGGGGGCCCUGCCAGGCCGAGGGGCUGCACCUCAGCCCAGCUGCUCCAGCCCUCCUGAACCGCACGGCCACGGCCUCCAAACUGGCAGAUUAUAGAACCCAGCGCAAUUAGGCGGGACAGGACUGGGAGUUCCUUCCCAGCUGUGUCCCUGAACUGCUGGGGGAGACACAGGCACUGAAUUCCUCCAUCUGAGAGUCACAGCUGUUUAUUUCAGCUGGUUUUUAUUUAUGGUCUUCGAAAAGUCUUCUGCAGGCUGCCAUUCUCAAAUAAUGACCUUGGCAAUGGCUGUUUCUUGACCUCUCUGUGGGUGCCCCCCCCGUGACACGCUGUGCUUUCCUCCUGAGUGCGUGGAAACCAGGCAGGAAGGGGAGGACCAAAACACCAGAGGAGAACCAACACUGUGGGAUUGGCUGCACUGGUGGAGAGGCACACUCGUGUCAAAGGAAUUACAUUGCUUUGGGAGCACAGGACAUGUCACAGAAACCAAGGAAGGAGCUGCAGUCUCAAAUACCAGACUUUGGAAAACUGAAACCUGGAAUUACAUUUGUGGUCAGACUUCAGGCUUUGACCCUCUUCUUUCAAUGGCUUGACUGUACACGCUGGAAUCGAUACAGAUUUGGUCAUUGUCUAUGUACUUAUUUUUUAAAGACUAACUUAAAACACUGAAAUCCUAUUUUGGCUUCUACUUCUUUGUACAUGUCUUUGCCAUGACAAGUACUGUUAGUUUUUUAAAGAAAAACUAAAGCUAUUUAUCCUUUUGCUUCCACAGAACUGAUAAGCUCACACUUAUUCACAGAAAAAAAAUUUACUUCCUCAAGUCAAAUUUGGUGAAUCAAGUUGAGGUUUUGUCUUCAGGGACUUGGUACUGCUUCUGCAGAAAGCUCUACAGUUUAAAUUCCAGUGAAACCAGUCCUGUCACUGACUUUAGCCUAAACUAACUGUAUUCUAGGUUUGUUUAUUUUUUGCCAUUUGCAUGUUUGUUACCCUGUUGGGACCUGCAAUAUCAUCUAGAGCAGAAUUUUUGUGUGUCUUUGCACUUUUUCUUCAUUCUUUUCCCUUAAAUAACAGUGUAAGUCUGUAAAAAUUAGAUCUAUAUUGUUUAAUAGGAUAUUGUGUCAGAACUGCUGGGCUAUACCACUGGAAUUGUACAGAGGAAUCUUUUAUUUUUCAGGAAAUGAACCAUAACUUCCCAUGCUCCUUAGGGGGGAUAGCACAACAGAGUGGCUGGAAUAACAGGACACGUAUAAUAAGGACAGGAAUAACUGGGAACUUCAGGGCUGUUCAGUGAAACUCUUUGUGGUCUCAUAUUUUAUUACUAUUAUCUAUGGCUACAUCUGAGUUUGAUUUUCUUCCUUUGUUCUCCUCUUUAAUGUUAAUGACUUUGCUUAUGUUUUAGUGUCCUCCAUCCUGUCAGAAAUGGCAGAGCUCUAAGCUGGGCACUGAGCUCUGGAUUGGAGAACAUUCCCUGAGUUCCAGGUUGGAAUGUCCCAGUGCUGGUGCACCAGAAACGUGUCCACUCAGGAAGCACAGUGUCAGUGAGGGGGAGCCCCCCCAUUUCAUGUCAUGGACUAAAUGCACACGUGGCACUGAGUGAGUUUUUACUUCAGGGAGUGUUUUGAGUUUCUUCCCUGGUUUCAGUUUCAGCAGCAUGUGUUUCUCCCAAGUGGCAAUAGCAGCGUGGCAAUGCAAUGCAGGAGUCGGGCUGAGCCCACACAUAACUCAUCCCCAGCAUGUGUUAAUCUCAGGUGUGGGGUCCCUUCUCUUUAUCUUUUCCUGUACCACCAGUAAAAUAGAAGUAGAUGAUCUUUUUUAGUUCAAUGGCCAGACUGUUUGAAAUGUUAUGUAUUGUACAUAAGAGGACAAUUGUAGACUAAUGCCACUGCCCUCAGCCUUGUUUGAGUUUCAUAAAGAUUAUUGCAGUAUGAAGAUAAAAUGCCAAACUCCAAGGUCUGGCAUCUGUCAGAACAAAUGAAGCUGAAAGGGUCAUUUUUUUUUCGCACUUUCAUUGUAAUAUAUUUGAAGACAUUCACAAGUUGAAAAAUGGUUACUUCUCCUUUUGUGACAUCUGACAUUUGUCUUGUGAUUGGCAGUGUGUUACUGGAAAAUAGCUUACAGUUCCUCUCAUCUGGUGAUUGAUGUCCUGGAAAGAGAGUCACAGAGGAGCCGGACUGGAAAUGCUGCGGCCGUGAAUGCCUUUCCUUGCACCUUUCAAGUAGUACAAUCUGUGGCCUAAAUUAUCCAGGUUUUGCUAUUGUAUAACUUACCCUGAUAUCAGUGGAAUAAAUUAACUAUUGUAUACUGAACACUGAUAAGAUCUCUCUCUGUGCUGGAGAUCUUUAUACUCUCUGGAUCUCGUAGAGGUUUUUAUAGCCCGAGCAUCCACAGGCUGAUGCAGCACAGCCCAUUCAUCUCCCACUUCAGAUAUGAAGGGUCCCUUGUAGAAUAGUCAAAAUAUUCAAUUAUCUGCCUCUAGUAAUCCAGUGUUCAUGUAUUUAUAUAAUUGGAAAAUUGAAUGCCAUAUUAUUCUCAGAGAGGGGGGAGGGGAUAAACCAGCAAUGUUCUUUAGAGACUUAAUGGCAGUCACAUUUCUCUUCCCUCCUGUCUAAUUCAAUUUCCUCUGGAUAUUAUUUAGCAUCCAAUUUCAUAGAGCCUUUGAGUUACCAGUCUGUGCCCAUGUAAAUGGCCAGAGACACUUUAUCCAGAACAUGAAUGCUAAUGCACUGAUAAUCUGUUAAUCCUGAGGUACCUCUCAAGCUACAGACACAAUAAAUGAAAGGUUGGGGUUUUAAUAGCACUUUUCUAUAUAUUCUUUUCAGAGAAUAUCACAGCACUCAUUAUUCCAUUUAUGACAUACACGAUAUGGAUAUUGUAUACCAGUGAAAUCUUUCUCCUUAUCAGACACUGGGUCUGGUAUUCCUCUCUGGAUAGAAAUCAGAAUAAAGCAACAUCUAAUGAA